AUGUCUAUCCUUAACGCGCUCACUCCAGACCUACUUGCCCACAUAUGCUCGUUCUGCCGCGCAGACGACAAUCGCGCAUUGCUCUCUCUAGCAAUAACGAGCCGUGCAUUAUCUGUGGCCGCACUCCGGACUCUGUGGUGCUCUCUAGCGUCUCCUAGUCCCUUGUUCCUAGCUCUGCCCGAAUCUUCAACCCACUGGCCCGCUCGCAAGUACCCUGCUCGCCCGAGCUUCUCGCACUCCGAUCUUGAGCGGUUCUACCAUUACGCUUCACUCGUCCAAUCGCUCCGGGUAGAGGACACAUCCUCCAAAAUCUGCGGAUUUUCGGUCUCAUCAGAGAUGUGGACUCUCCUCAAACGUGCAAAUUCUGAACCUAUAUUCCCCAACCUUCGCCACGUAACCAUCUGCGAGUAUUGGGACAACUACGUUCUUGGGCCCUUUCCAAUCUACCCUUUUCUCAGCCCGAGUGUUGAAGAUCUCGCUAUCAUCCUCCACUGUCCCAAGAAACAAGGGCCGGACCACCCCGCUGCAGUUUUCGAACUCAAGGAUCUGCUCACCAAUCUCGCGCUCAUCUGUCCUCAUCUACGCAAGCUGAAUAUCACGACGGCUCCCCUCCCCGUAUACUUUCACGAUGUCAUCACGCAUGUCGUGCAAGGACUCUCGAACCUCACGUCGUUUCAAUCGGAAGGUAUAACGCUCCCCCCGAUGGGUGUUUCAGCGCUAUCCUCCCUCUCCAAUCUGGCCUUCGUCAAAAUGUCUGUACGAGCUGCAGACUACUCAGUUCAUCGCAUGGCACAAAGCCGGCCUUCUACCGUCUCCUUCCCCGUUCUCCAGGGACUUGACAUUACAGCGGACACCGCAGAAUGUGUGGUGGUGGUGCUUGGUUGGUCUGUCGUAGACCCGCCAAGGCUAACUCAACUUUCGGUCCAGGCCACCCUGACGCCCAACGAUACCCCGGCCCAAUUCCUCUCCCUCACGACCGCUAUUUCUCGCAUGCAUUGUCGCUGUACGCUUGAGCGGGUCACUCUCCAUACGGACAUCCCGUGGAUCGGCGGUAACAACCCAUGCGUCGACGAUCUGCCCUCUUUCACUGUUGCACCUCUCCACGACCUCUCUCGGCUCACCUAUCUUCGCAUAAGAGGGUACAGCCAUGUCAUAUUCGACGACGCCGCACUCGCCAAGAUGGCGCGCGCCUGGCCCCGCCUGACCGUCCUCUCCGUAUGUGAACAAAACCUCAAGUCGGCGGCGAACGGAGUGACCUUGGUCGGUUUGCGCGACCUCGCCCUGCAGUGCCCCGCGCUCGUGGAACUGGACAUCGGCGUCGCUUCCAUCAAGCGCGGUCACUGCGAGGAAGUCCUCGCACGGCCUCCUCAUACCAGGGCCGAGUGUGACGGAGACACGCUCGGACCGCCGGAGGCGCGCCGUCUCUCUGUCAUGAAUAUCGGCGCGCCCGGGCUGAGUGCGGAGGAUGUCGCGGCUACGGCUGCGGCGUUGAACGCAAUCUUUCCCUACAUCGAGAGAUUGUCCUCUCGAGUGGACGCGCUCGCGCCUGCGUUCGUGCUGGAGAAGCGCCACGAUGAUAAACAUGGUCCGAAUACCUAUAAGGACAGGUUCACAUACAUUAUAUGUCUAGGCAGCCUUGGACUAGUGCCGGUGUACGGUCGAAAGUCGGGCUCCAUGGCGUAA